CCAGCGAAGACGUAGCCACUGCGCGGGAGUCGUGUUGCAUAUAAACAAACAUUAGUGAAUGUGUGUUGAAGGUCAGCCACGUGGCACGCCCAUGACUCUCCCCUUCUGCACUUGAUAACUGUGUUCAUUUAUUUCAUGGAACUGCGUUACUGUGGAUUAUACGAAGAGUGACCCAGUGAACGAUCAAUGAGUGAAGAAAGCAACUAUGAGAGUGCCCCUGCGGGAUCGAGUACGACUCCCGCCGUGGCGCCUGCCACACCCGAACCAAAAUUGACGAUGUCCUCAUACAUGAAACAGCUGCUGGCCGAGAAGCAAAAGCUGGAGGAGAAAGCCGGACUGGAUCUGCAGAUGACACACAGACUACUGGCCAACGAAUUGGAACGGUUGCAGAAUGGGGGACGGCCCCUGCAGGCCAACAGUAGCGGCAACCGGUCGGGCACUGAUGAGCGACGUUUUGCAGAUAUCAUCAAGGAAAAGCCCCUGAAAGUUACCAUUCGCGUGUUGGUUCCGGUCAAGGAACAUCCAAAGUUUAACUUCGUGGGGAAGCUGUUGGGGCCCAAAGGCAACUCCCUAAAGAGACUGCAGGAGGACACAAUGACGAAAAUGGCGAUUCUGGGCAGAGGCUCCAUGAGGGACAAGCACAAGGAGGAGGAACUGCGCGCCUCUGGCGACCCCAAGUACGCCCACUUCAACGAUGACUUGCACGUAGAGAUCACGGCCUUUGCGCCCCCAGCAGAGGCCCACGCAAGGAUCGCGUACGCGCUGGCGGAAGUACGCAAGUUCCUUGUGCCGGAUUACAACGACGAAAUCCGCCAGGAGCAAAUGCGGGAGAUGCAGUUACUCAACACAACAGUGCUGGGCCUCACCUCUUCUUCAGGGAACCUGGUGGAGCCAUCUUCCCCCACUGCUCAAAGUCCCACCACUUCUCCCCCUCCCACAUCUACAGGCAAGACCAGCAACACCAACAAUACCGGCAACAGCAAUCAAAAUGGUCGCCAUUUGCAAGCCUUACCAUACACUCAACAAAAUGGACGGAAUUAUCUCUUCAGUCAGCAUUUCCUCCUACAUCCAGCAUUCCGCGGGUUAACAGCUCGGACACAGCUGCCCGGAGUGACGUCAGUUCUCCAUUCUGGUGGUGGAGGCUCCAUAUUGAACCGUUUGCGCCCUCACUAUCAUCUAGCGGCAACACCAGGCAUUAAUACAGCAAAUAACCGCCUGUCGCCUGGCUCCAUCCUAUCAUCAACGAAACACCAACGCAACAAUAUUCUUUCUAUUCUUGCUGGUGGACCGCGGUCUGUGAUUGGUGGAGGCUUGACGGCGGUUGACUCACCGCAGUCGGGUGGAGGGAACGAACAACUUUUGGCGACCAUGUGCGGUGCAACAGAUGACGUGAUUGUCUCUGCUGGCGAUGAAGAGGAAGUGAACACUGCACCGGCUUCCGCUGUGUACGGACUGUAUGAGAAUUAUGCGGCUGCAGCAGUUGCGGCGGCGGCUUCUGGUACAGG